AUGGAUCAGCAAGCUGUUUUUUCUCAACCACCACCACGAUCCAUUAUUAAAAAACCCUCAAAAUUUUCCCGGAUUCUGCGAUCAAUUUUUGGCAGCUGCGGCAGGAAGUCUGUGGAGAAGACAUUAGUUGAGGAUGAAAAAUAUGGGAAUACAGAUUAUGUUUCUUAUUUUUCUUCCUCCGGCUUGGACUCGGAUUCAGCUUAUUCUUCAGAGGAAAAUGGCAGUAAAAAUGGAGAAUUGCAAAAUGAGUUUCAGAUGGUGACAGAUGAAAUUAAGCAAGAACUUCAAGUGGCUGACUUGAAAAGGGAGUUGACAGAAACUACUGAAGAGAAGGAAGCAGAGAAGAUGAUCAGUGAUUUAAAGAUGGAAGCUGAAACGUUGAAUGGUGAGAAUUCAAAGCUUUUACAAGAACUUGUCACCGAAUGUAGCCAGCUGAGGGAGAAAUUGGGUGAGAGAGAAAGGGAACUUGCGAGUCACACCGAGAUGCAUGAAACCCAUAAGAGUGAAACAUCAGCUCGAAUGAGGGGUUUAGAACUUGAGCUGGAUUCUCUGCGUACCCAGAAAGGAGAUGAAGUGAAGUUGCUGAUGGAGAAUCUCAGCGCGAUUGAGGGAGACUACGGCUACUUCGAGAGCCGUGUAUAUGAAAUUAUGAACGCGUUUCAAGGUGCAAAGAACAGGGUCAGAGAAUUGGAAGAGCAGAACAGUAAUUUGGAAGAGCAGCUUAGAGGUAAAACGCACGAAACUGAGACUGAUCAGAUGCCAGGGGUCCAAGAAGAAGAAGAAAGGAAGAGCUACGAAGAUGAAGAUAAAGAUGAAGAUGAUGCUUUUGAGUUCCCCACCCCUGCCGAUAAGAUCAUUCCUGUUUACCCCAUUUUUGGCAGAGAUAAGCUCGACGGAGUUCCGGCAGGAACCUACUGCGUCUCCGGAAGAGUGAAGCAGCCGGUGGCCGGAGGAGGAGUGACGAUGGCGCAGGAGAGAGAUCGGAGGAGACGGUUGUUGAUGCUAAGAGACUCGGAUUCAGCUUACUCUUCAAAGGAAAAGGGCAGUAAAAAUGGAGAAUUGCAAAAUGAGUUUCAGGAGGUGACAGAUGACAUUAAGCAAGAACUUCAAGUGGCUGACUUGAAAAGGGAGUUGACAGAAACUACUGAAGAGAAGGAAGCAGAGAAGAUGAUCAGUGAUUUAAAGAUGGAAGCUGAAACGUUGAAUGGUGAGAAUUCAAAGCUUUUACAAGAACUUGUCACCGAAUAUAGCCAGCUGAGGGAGAAAUUGGGUGAGAGAGAAAAGGAACUUGCGAGUCACACCGAGAUACAUGAGACCCAUAAGAGUGAAACAUCAGCUCGAAUGAAGGGUUUAGAACUUGAGUUGGAUUCUCUGCAUACCCAGAAAGGAGAGAUUGAAAAACAUAAAGCUGAUGAGCUUUCCAGUCUUCUGAAGAAACUUGAGGAGAAGGAGAAAGAAGAUGAAGAUGAAAAAGAUAGGAAUACAGAUUAUUCUUUUUCUUUUUCUUCCUCCAACUUGGACUCGGAUUCAGCUUAUUCUUCAAAGGAAAAGGGCAGUAAAAAUGGAAAAUUGCAAAAUGAGUUUCAAAAGAAUUCAAAGCUUUUACAAGAACUUGUCACUGAAUGUAGCCAGCUGAAAGAGAAACUGGGUAAGAGAGAAAGGGAACUUGCGAGUCACACCGAGAUACAUGAGACCCAUAAGAGUGAAACAUCAGCUCGAAUAAGGGGUUUAGAACUUAAGCUGGACUCUCUGCGUACCCAGAAAAGAGAUAAGGUGAAGUUGCUGAUGGAGAAUCUCAGCACGAUUGAGGAAGACUACGGCUACAUUGAGAGCCUUGUUUAUGAAAUUCUAAACGUGUUUCAAGGUGCAAAGAACAGGGUCAGAGAAUUGAAAGAAACAAUCGAAGAGGAGUCAGAAAAAAAAAAUUGUUGA